GCUGCUCAAUCUAAUGCAACAACUUACCCCACUUGCCCUUCAUAUAAUMAUUGUGGUAACAUCACCAUCAGCUACCCUUUUUGGAGGAUCCACGAUGAUCAGACCCAAUUCUGCGGAUAUCAAGGUUUCGGAAUCAAGUGCUCCGAACGGGAUGUUCCCACCAUUGAUUUCGACCGGGUUUCUUACUAUGUUGAUAAGUUGAUCUACGAAACUAGCAGUAUCAUUCUCGUCGAUUACGACGUUUCUCCCAUCCCCGGUCGCAACCCCUGCCCAAGGGUGAGCCAUAACAUUGACUUUCAAUCGUUGCCGUUCAAUUUCACAUCUUAUAACCUUAACUUAAGUUUCCACUUUAAUUGCAACGGAAUCCCUGAUUUUGCAACUGAAAUACCGUGUUUGGAAUUGGAUUCCCGAAGAAGAAAGUCGUGCGUUAAUGUUAUCACUUUGGAGACGAAGGAUUUCGAUUGGAGGAACUACUCAUGCGAGGAGCAUGUGGUUCAGACGGUAUUGAAUACUAGCGUUCUUGAUGAAGAUAURCUUGCAAGGGAAUUCGGUGAAGUGUUGAGAAGAGGAUUCGAGCUAAAGUGGUGGAGGCUGGAGAGUUGCAGUAAGUGCGAAGARUCGAAUGGGCGGUGCGGUUACAAUAACAGGACGUCGRAGUCCAUGUGCUUUUGCUCCGAUGGUAGAACCACGACGGACGACUGCGAGGCCAAAGGUAGAAAUUGGAAGUUGAAGCUUAUUAUUGGUCUCGUUGGCACCACAUUGGGGAUUGUUCUCGUGUGUCUCUUUUGCUGUUUCUAUCGACGACUAAACAAGAAGAGACGUUCUAACUAUGGUUCUUCCUACAUGUCAAGAAACAUUUCUUCGUUUCCAUCAUCAAUUACGGAUCCUGAAAAGGAUGGAACCUACAACGGUGUUCAAAUCUUUAAGUACAAAGAGCUCGAGAAAGCCACAAACUAUUUCGAUCCCGCGAACGAACUUGGAGAUGGAGGUUUCGGUACCGUCUACAAAGGGAAACUCCGAGACGGGCGUAUCGUAGCGGUGAAACGAUUGUAUGAAAACAACUACAAAAGGGUGGAGCAGUUCAUGAAUGAGAUUCGGAUCCUCGCUGGUUUGCACCACCAAAGUCUCGUAUGCCUUUACGGUUGCACCACCCACCACGGGCGUGAGCUUCUGCUCGUGUACGAAUACAUCCCAAAUGGCACCGUUGCGGACCAUCUCCACGGCGAAAAGUCGAACCCCGGCUCACUUUCAUGGACCACAAGAAUGAGCAUCGCUAUAGAGACCGCAAGCGCAUUGGUCUACCUUCAUCAUUCCGAUGUCGUUCACAGAGACGUUAAAACCAACAAUAUUCUAUUGGACAACAGCUUCACCGUAAAAGUUGCUGAUUUCGGAUUAUCCCGUCUUUUUCCUGACAACGUGACCCACGUUUCGACCGCCCCACAAGGCACCCCUGGAUACGUGGACCCCGAAUAUCACGAGUGCUAUCAGUUGACGAGUAAAAGCGAUGUUUAUAGCUUCGGGGUCGUUUUAAUCGAGCUUAUUUCGUCAAAACCGGCGGUUGACAUAACCCGGCAUCGACACGAGAUCAACCUAUCGAAUAUGGCGAUCAACAAGAUCCGUAACGAUGCAGUCCACGAGCUCGUGGACCCGAAUCUUGGAUUCGAAACCAAUUACGAGGUGAGGAAGAUGAUUCAUGGGGUUGCAGAGCUGGCGUUUCAAUGCUUGCAAAACGAGAGGGACUGCAGACCAUCCAUGGAUCAAGUGUUGGAAGGUCUGAAAGGAAUUAAGAAUGGAUAUGAGAAGCACGAAGUGUUGGAUGGUAUCAGUGAUGAUGCGGUGUUGUUGAAAAAUCCGUCGCAGGCGAUGUCGCCGGAUUCGGUGGCGAUUGCUUGGAGUACAUCUACGAUGUCGACUUCAAGUGGGUGAUUACGGACGUCCGUGGGGUUAAGAAGUUGGAUUAUGAAAUAUAUAAUAUUGAAAUUAGGGUUUGGUAAUGGUUGAUGUGUUCAGUACACUAUGAAGGUUUAUGAAGAGAGGUGUAUAUAAACCCUUUUUUGCCAUUGCUCUCAUUCGUUCAUUUCUUUUGAUUUGUAUUUAUCAAAUAGAAUUCAACGUUAUUGUAAAAUUCA